CAAAGUCCCUGUGUCUCGAUUUCGGUCAAACAAAAUGCCCCGUCGAGUACUGGAAACCUACGGAUUUGAACCAGCCAAGCAGCCAUGUCUUCGCAAGUCAAAAUUGGAACCCAAAGGUAAAUGCGGCGCUACCAUCAAGAAACAGCCAAAGGAGCAACCUGUUGAGCAGAAGAACCCGCUGAACUUCCUCCACCAGAAUACCGAUGGGGAACUCGUCGUGCAUUGGACUCGUAUUAGUGGAAGUACUCAGUCUCCCAUCAAAUUGCUGCCUCCUUGGUAGUUGUGUGUAUCGCGCAUAAAUAUUCUGUUUAUCAUGCUCUCUCGGAAUCAUGGUCGUACUAACAAAAGUAUUGAUAAUAUUUCCAAGUCAAAAAUUAAAAUCAAAAGCAUAGUUUUUAAUUUCCAGCUACCUGGUCACUAAUACACAACCAUUUUAGCUAAGCUAUGGCUAGCUCUACUUUUAGCAAAAAUAUAUAUGUUUGUUACCUUUCGGGAACAUUUAAAUAUAAAUAUC